AUGAGUGAAAGGUUGUUAUUAAGAGCACUGAAGGGUGGUGAAAACACUAAGAUCAUUACCUUGAAUGGGAAGAAGAUAACAAAGAUGCCCUCAGCAUUAGGAAAACUGCCUGGCCUGAAGACUCUAGAUCUUCAGAAUAACCAAAUCCCCAAGGUGUGCCCGGAAAUAAGCACCUUGACCCAGUUGACAGUACUAAAUCUGGGAAACAACCUUUUGGAAGAAAUUCCGGAAGAGGUGAAAUACCUUACAUCCCUGAAGAAGCUUCAUUUAUUUGGAAAUAAGAUUUGUAAAUUUGCAUCUGGAGCAUGUGAUGGUUUACAAAAUUUGAUUCUGCUUAAUCUGAACAACAAUCAGCUCACAUGGAUUCCUCGAGAAGUCAGCAGAUUAAAAAGCCUUAUAUAUUUGAGUAUGAAUCAUAACCAGCUGGCCAGCAUUCCUAAAGAACUUUGUUUUCUUAAGAAUCUUUCUGAACUUCAACUUAACUACAAUCAGCUCAUUUACAUACCUGAAGAGAUUAAGUUCUUGAAGAAGCUCCAGAAGCUUCUUCUGGUGGGAAACAACAUUGAAGUUUUGCCAGAGGAACUUUGCGAUCUUAUAAACCUAAGAAUCCUAGACAUAGCUGGAAAUUUUAUUCAGACAUUUCCUUCAGGAUUUCAGAACCUGAAGCUGAAGGAAUUCUACUGUGAAGGAAAUCCACUGUUCCUGAGGCAGCCAGUUAAUGCUGUACAACAGGAAGACGCCUGGAGUCUACAGGAAAUAACAUCAAGAUUUAUAAUGAAUGAGCUAGCAGGAAAGAAUCCUUUCAUAAUGCACGUCAUAGAACAGCACCCACAGGUCAGGAACAUAAUCUCUCAGAGAAGAAAAUGUGCAAUAUGUGGAAAUUACUUUUUGACAAUAUGGCUGGAAUGUGUUGAAUUUGUUCCUCCACCAAAGAACUGGAAGAUAAGCAGAAAUCUACAGCUGGUACCUCUUCGAAUAUUAAUUUGUUCUUACAAAUGUUUUAAUCAACGUGGCCCUAACCUCUUUGGAAUUGCUCAAGUGUAG